UUUCGGGCAAAUUCCAAGCAAAAAAGUAUUUAAAAAAAUAGUAAUGGAGUCUAUGCUUGAAUCAAGUGCUCCUGAUAACGAAAUUGAACCUGCUUUAAAUCCAGCCAAAGUUGUGAACGAUCUAUUUUGGCUAGCUGAACAAUGUGAACUGCGUUGUAUUUUUGAACAUGCUCUUUGGGCAAACGAACAAUUGAAUCAUCUACCUCAAAGUCAUUUUUCGUCACCAGAUGUAGCACAAUCUUCUAAUUGGCAUUAUGGGGAAAUAAAUAUGAAGAGAAGAGCUUUAAUAAUGUUUGUACGGACAUUGAUGACCAACAAAUAUUACCAUCGAGCUAAGUUUUUCUUGUCAAAAAGCAAAGAAUCUGACUGUUUGGAGGCCUUUUUGUAUUAUUAUUCUUGGUAUUUGAUCUCUAUAAGGGAUAGAUUUGAAGGCGAUGCUGAAGACUUGGAAACUAAGGAACCCUCGUAUGAUGAUAAUAUUUCUGGUUUAUUUUACAUAUUUUUAAAUAUUUUUUCAUAUGAUGGGCUGUUUUUGUUUCGAUUGGUCUAUUCCGAGAAAUUCGAUUUUGUUUUUUUGUCGCGAAUUAGUUUUGGUUUGGCGUUAGGUUUGAGCCAUUGA